UCCCGGUGUACUUUGCACCGCACGCAUGUGAACCCGUCACUUUUGACGUGUUGGACACCGACUUCGAUGUCAUUUUGGGGAUGCCUUGGCUUUCUAGCGCGGACCACACGAUCAAUUUCCAUCGACGCACGCUCACGAUUCGUGAUGCAACUGGCGCCGACGUUCCGUGUACUAUUCCUCCUCCUCGCUCUUCCAUUAGGUGCCAAGUCGAGAGUGCCAAAUCUUUUCGCGACACAUGCCRUUCCGAGCAUGUCGAAGAGAUUGACAUCGCUUUUCUUCGAACCGUCCCGACGACCGAUUCAUCGUCCACAGAUGUGUCUUCCGACCCCCGUGUGACCCGGUUGUUAGACGAGUUCUCGGAUGUUUUUGAGACACCCUCCGGUAUCGUGACGGACCGACCAAUCUCUCACGAGAGCAUACUUGAGGCCGGCGCCAUGCCACCGAAAGGAUGCAUUUACCGCAUGUCCGAGGAGGAGCUCACGGUUCUCUGUGCGCAACUCGACGAUCUACUUGACAAGGGUUGGAUCCGCCCCAGCAGCUCACCUUACGGUGCGCCCGUUCUCUUCGUUCGGAAGAAGAACAAGGACCUUCGACUUUGCAUUGACUACCGACGCCUCAACGCGCAAACCAUCAAGAACGUGGGGCCUCUACCUCGCAUUGACGAUUUGCUUGAGCGGUUGGGUGGCGCCAAGUACUUUUCGAAGUUGGACCUCAAGUCGGGCUACCAUCAGAUUUCCAUCUGCCCGCAAAAUCGGUACAAAACCGCUUUUAAGACGCGAUAUGGGCAUUUUGAGUGGGUAGUUAUGCCUUUCGGCCUCACCAAUGCCCCGGCCACCUUUCAGGUGGCCAUGACCACCGAGUUUCGCGCUAUGUUGGACCGCUUCGUCUUGGUCUACUUAGACGACAUCCUCGUCUAUAGCCGAACUCUMGAGGAGCAUCUCGAGCACCUUCGCCGUGUUCUAGAGACUCUUCGGUCAGCCCGGUACAAAGCUAACCGCGACAAAUGUGAGUUUGUCCGGCAAGAGCUUGAAUACUUGGGCCAUUUUGUCUCUCCGGAAGGCAUUCGUCCGUUGGCGGACAAGAUUCAAGCCAUCCAGGAGUGGCCCGAGCCGAAGAAUGUGACGGACGUCUAAUCCUUCCUCGGCUUGGCCGGUUAUGAUCAGCGCUUCAUCAAGGGUUACUCGAAGAUCGCGGCCAACCUAAGCAAGU